UGACGUGGCUGCGAAUGCCUUCACUGGCGCUCCUGCCACGAUCAUCAACCGCCUCUCCUCGCUUCAACCUGUCUCGCAACUACUUCACUGGUCUCAUCCCCUCCCUCCCCUCCGCAACUUCUCUCCUCUCGCUCGACUCUCCUCCAACUUCUUCUUUGGCUCGGGCGUCCCCCUCGACUCCUCCGGCGCCCCAAUCUGCCCCUCGCUCUUUCUCACCGUCAACACAGCCGAUAACUGCCUCACUUUUGACCCCUCGGCGUGUGACGGUGGUGGUAGUAGCGGUGGUAGUGGCAGUGGAGAUGGGGCUGUUGCGACUAGAAGCGUGGGUAUGAGCAGCGGUGGUGACAGUGGCGCGAUAUGGAGCGCUGCCAGUGACACUAGUAGCGGGAGUGGUGAUGGGGCUGUUGCGACUAGAAGCAUUGGUGUGAGCAGCGGCAGCAGCAGCAGCAGCAGCACGGCCAGUAUUGCUGCUGCCGAAGCCUCUCCUGAUAGCACCACUGCUGGUGAUCUUGCUGUCUCCUCUCCCCAUGUCCUUGCCCACCUGGCAUCCCAUGAAGGCAAAGAGAGCGCGGCCUUUCUGGGGCACACAGAAAGGGAGGCCUUUUUGGGGCACUCAGAGCGGAUGGCCAUGCUGGGAGACAGGGUGGAGAGGAAAGGAGAGCAAGCAACUUCUGAGGCGCACGUCGUUCUUGAAGGCACCGAGCCUCGCUCGCGCGCCCAUCUGGCAUCGCAUGAGGACAAUCAGAGGGCGGCCUUUUUGGGGCACACAGAGAGGGCGGCUAUGCUGGGAGACAGGGGGAAGUGGGAUCGAGAGCUAUCAAAUUCUGAGGCGGGCGUCUCUCUCGAAGGCACCGAGUCUCUCUCGCGCGCCCAUGUGGCAUCGCAUGAGGACAAGGAGAGGGCGCCCUUUGUGGGUCUCACAGAGAGGGUGGCUAUGCUGGGUGACAGAGGGAAGCGGAAAGGAGAGCAAGCAGCAUCUGAGGCGCACGUCUCUCUCGAAGGCACCGAGCCUCUCUCGCGCACCCAUCUGGCAUCGCAUGAAUCUGGAGAAAGGGAUACCUUUUUGGGACACACCGAAAUUGAGGCCUUUUUGGGGCACACAGAGAGGGUGGCGAUGUUACGGCGCGAGCGACAGCAGGGAGGGCAGCGAGUAACUGCUGAGGCGGUUCAGGAGUCCUCUUCCCCCCCCCACGUCCGUGCCCACCUAGCAUCCCUCGAGGCUGGAGAGAGGGAAUCCUUUUUGGGACACACAGAGAGGGUGGCGAUGCUAGGGCGCGAGCGACAGCAGCGAAAGCAGCAAGUAACUGCUGAGGUGGUUCAAGAGUCCUCCCCCUCCCACGUCCUUGCCCCCCUAGCAUCCCACGAAGCUGGAGACAGGGCAGCUUUUUCGGGGCACACAGAGAGGGUGGCGAUGCUAGGGCGUGAGCGUCAGCAGGGAAAGCAGCAAGUAACGCCUGAGGCGGCUCAGGAGUCCUUCCCCCCCCACGUCCGUGCCCACCUGGCAUCCCACGCUGAGGAGGAGGAUACGAGGGCGCUGUUGGGACAUGAAGAGCGGAUGGCCAUGCUGAUGCAUGCGGGAAACGGGGAAGACCAUAACGAGGCACCUUUUAAAGAGGCACCUUUUAAAGAGGCACUAUCUGGACUUGAAGAGGUGAUGGGCCGGAUGGGAGUGAUGAGGCACGGGGGGCGGAGGAUACAACAUGCCCGGAUGGGUCUUGAGAGGAUGGGUCUUGAGAGAGUGGGUCGAAGAGGGAUUGCAGGAGGGGGGGUGAGGAAGACAGGCGGUGGUAGGUGGAUUAACCACAGCAUGGGAGGCGACCUGCUGGGCCCGUUGCAUAAGGGCAACCGCAGAGGCAACAGCAGAGACAACAGCAGAGACAACGGCAGAAGACGCAGAGAAGAGUGGGUUGGGAGAAAGCGAAGAGGAGGGAGAAGCGUUUGGGGGAUGAGUGUGGGUGAGGGCUCAGAUGAAGCAGAAGCAGCACAGGAAGAGGGGGGAGCAGAGGAAGAGGAGGCAGGGAAGGGUGAUGGGACUUAUGAGUCAACUGCAGAGGCAGGGAGGUGGAAGGGUGAUGGGACUUAUGAGCCGACUGCAGAGGCAGGGAGGUGGAAGGGUGAUGGGACUUAUGAGCAGUCUGCAGAGCCGCUGGAGCAUGCACGGCGCUUGGCAGUGAUAGCAGCAGGUCGAAUUCGCAAGAAGAAACCGCAAAAACAGCCACUGCCACCACCACGACCACAAGCACCACCACCAUCACCACCCCCUCCUCCUCCUCCCUCCCCCCCUCCAGCUGUGACAGUACAGAGUGUGAUUCAACCGCAGCGAACGGCAGCCCAGUGCCAGAGCUUCUGUGGAACGAGUUUCAGCCAAACAGGGGGGGCGCUGAGCAACGCCCAGUGCGGCUUUGGCGCGGGCACGUGCCUGGCUUCAGUCGCAUACUCUGGGGAGAAACCAGUGAAAGGAGGGCGGGCGGGGGCAGGAGGGCAGAAGCAGCAGCAGCAGGUGCCGGUGGUGUUCGGAUGCAGUUGCUCCUCCUCGAGAUACUUUGUUUCGGCUGAUCGCAUGUCGUGCAUUGAGAAAGGUAAUGGGGUGGCACGUGCUGCAAAAGGUAAUGGGGUGGCAUGUGCUGUGUCUCUUCUGACUUGCGUUCACUUCAACAGUCAUGUCGCUAUGACCUUGUUUGGUUUAACUCAACAGUCCUGCCGUGUCGCUAUGAUCUUUCACCCUGCGGCCCUCCUAAGCCAUUUGUGAUCCCACAGUGCCAGGCAUCCACACUGCCCCAUAUCGCCCCUCGCAUAGUAUUAGAAUUGCCUUGCAC